GCGUGGUAUGUCCUGAAGAAUAGCGACACCAGGGGACUUCUUGCAUGCCCUCUGCAGCUGUUGAUGAUGCUUCGAUGCAGAACCUGCAGAACCACACCACAGCAGACAGACACUGCAGCGAGCCUAGCUCCUCCUCCUCCUGUCUCUCCGAUCCCUAUAAAUUUGAGGGCCGGCGUGCAAGAGCGAAUGCAAGCUAAGAGCACACCGCACAAAGCAAAGCAGUUCGAUCGAGUAGUUCUACAUAGUAGUAAUUGACCACUUAGCUGCAGAUCCAGCAAUAAUAAUGGCGGCUGAACUUGCACGCAUCUUCUCCUUCUCCUCCGUGGAGCCUCUUCUCCUUCCCGCUCCGCCGGUGGCGGGGAACGGCCGGCGAGGCCGCCUACGUGGCGGUUGCAUCCGCUCCUCGCUGGCGUCCAGAACGCUGCUGCCCACUGAUGACUUUGACCUCCAGGAGGGCCUGACGACCAACAUACAAAAGAUUCUGCGUCAACGUCGUCGGCAGAGCGGCAGGGAGAUGAUGGCCACCAUCGACAACCUCAAGCGCCUCUGCAUCGACCACUACUUCGAGGAAGAGAUCGAGAGCGCCAUGGGCGCGUGCAUGGACCUCAUCCACAGCGAUGAUCUCUUCGAUGCAACCCUUGCAUUCAGGCUCAUGAGAGAGGCCGGCCAUGAUGUUUCAGCAGAUGACGUUCUCCGGAGGUUCAUCGACGGCAACGGCGAGUUCGCCCUAGCUCUCAGCAAGGACGUCAGGGGGCUCCUGAGCCUGCACAACAUGUCACACCUGGACAUGGGAGUUGAAGCAUCGCUGCCCAAGGCAAAGGAGUUCUCAAGCAAGCACCUCGCAUCUGCCAUCAGGUACCUGGAGCCAGGCCUUGCAAGGUACGUGAGGCAGUCCCUGGACCACCCCUACCACCUGAACCUGAUGCAGUACAAGGCCAGGCACCACCUCAGCUACCUCCAGAGCCUGCCCACCAGAAACAUUGCAAUGGAGGAGUUGGCAGUUGCAGAGUUCCAGCUCAACAAACUGCAGCAUCAGCAAGAAAUGCAAGAGAUUAAAAGAUGGUGGAUGGACCUAGGAUUGGCUCAAGAAAUACCGGUGGCCCGGGACCAGGUGCUCAAGUGGUACAUGUGGCCCAUGGCGGUCCUGCAGGGAUCUUCCUUCUCCAGAUACCGAAUUGAGAUCACAAAGAUAAUCUCACUUGUCUAUGUUGUGGAUGACAUAUUUGACCUUGUUGGCACACUAGAGGAGCUCUCUCUCUUCACCGAGGCAAUCAGAAUGUGGAACACUGCGGCUCCUGAUUCACUCCCCAGUUGCAUGAGAUCUUGCUACAACGCUCUUCACACCAUUACAAAUGAGAUUGCAGACAUGGCCGAAAAGGAGCAUGGAUUCAACCCUGUCAAUCAUCUCAGGAAAGCAUGGGCAGUGCUGUUUGAUGGAUUCAUGGUGGAGUCAAAGUGGCUGGCAACCGGUCAGGCUCCUGCCGCAGAGGACUAUCUGAGAAAUGGCGUUGUCACUUCAGGAGUGCCGCUUACAUUUGCGCACUUUUUCUUCCUUCUAGGGCAAGAUCACAUAGCAUGCAUCGAUGAGGAUGAUGCAAAGCUCAGUGAUCACAUCCCUCCUGCUGCCGUCUCUUGCCCGGCUAAGAUCCUCAGACUUUGGGAUGACUUGGGCAGUGCCAAGGAUGAAGCACAGGAAGGACUUGAUGGUUCCUACAGGGACUUCUACUUGAUUGAGAACCCUAGCUGCACCCCAGCUGACGCCGAAGAACACAUGCGGAGGCUGAUCGCGAGGGAGUGGGAGCAGCUCAACAGGGAGUGCUUCUCCCGGAGGACCUUCUCCGGCAGCUUCGCGCGCGCCUGCUUCAACGCCGCCAGGAUGGUGAGCGUCAUGUACUCGUACGACGAGGAGCAGAGGCUCCCAGUCCUGGAGGACUACAUGAGGAUGCUGCUGCGGCUUUGAAGCUUUAUGGUCAGUUUGCUCCAUCUAUCUUCAUGAGAGCCCAUGUGACAUGCGUGAUUUAUCUGCUCCAUGAGAAUCACGCCUUGCUUGUAAAUUAAAUCGCUAGUAGUAGAAUAUAAUUAUCUGAGUGUCGAAAAGGUGAUGACACGCUUAGGGUCAGUUUUUUUUCCUUUUUUUUUAAACAUUUCUCUUCUUCUUCUUCUUAAUGAAAUGCUUGCACGCACGGCGUAUGAUAUUAUUCUC